AUGACCAUCACAGGGGUUUUCUUUAUCCCCUCAAACCCCAAUGCUCCCAGCGCUCUUCCAAUACUGACGGAGCGUCUGCGCUCCGUCUUCGCGGAGGAGCCUAUCCCUAUAGGCCGCUGGGCCCUGGAACACAAACUGAUGCGUGACACGCCUUCCUGUCUACCAGCUUCAGCCCACGCUCCAAACCCCGUUCCGAAACCGAAAUAUAUGCAAUUUCUCUCCCUCACCCACUACCCGAAUCACGGAUUCAUAUAUGCUUCCGAAGCAACGGACCUACCUCAGGCAUCUGUGGCAGCAGGCGGAAGUCACAGACAGACUCCUUUGCUGGGGACGAUAUCUGCUGCAGCUGGGCCGCCACAAGCGCAAGCGCAAUCACCGACAGCCGCAGCAGGAGGCGCUGCGCCGUCGUCCAACGCAUCCCAGUCCGGCAUGAUAAUGCGUACUGUCCCUCUCUCUUCCUAUGGUCCGCUCUUCCAGCAUUUCAUGCGCGCCUGCGAACCUUUCUGGAACCAUCGACACACCGUCACCGUCCCAGCUGGGGUCGUCUACGACAUCGGUGAUUUUCGCCUCCGCAUAGGUGAUGUACGGCAGACAUUUCCCCAAGCACGAGCACGGGGCACAGUCGUGGAGGUGGAAUGGAAAGGUCCAUCACCAUUAACCUCCUCCUCCUCCUCAUCCCCUGCCAACUUCAACGAAGACGGCUCAUCCGAUUCCGGCAUCGACGUCACGACAGAACCGCUCGACGACUCCGAAAUCGACGCCGAAUAUGCUCUUGUCGCGCAGCUCAUCCGAGAUUUCUGGUCCCAGCUAGGCAUCGAAGGGGCCAGAGAAGCCAUUCUCGUUCCUGACGUGGGCAAGGAGAUUAAAGAACAGCACCGCAGGCGCAGAGCUGGUGAGAACUUGAAAAGAAAGAAACCCCGCACCCACGACGACGACGAAGAAGGAUGGGGAUGGUGGGAUAUAGAAGAGGAUAAGAACCCGGAUGCAGGUGUCGAUCUGGCGAGGCAGUAUAUGGAGAUAUACAGGUUCAAUCGAUGACGUGGCUUUGCCUUUUUCUUUCUUUCUUUCUUUUUUUCUUUUUGUUUAGAUGGGAACUGUUGGAAAGUUAAGAACUAAAGUACCAUGUGGGACAUUUCCUAUAUAUACGGCUGUAUUAUUGUUGUUGUGUGAAGCGUUGUAUGUAUGUUGCAUUUGCAUAGCGAAUUGUUGGUGUUUGCAGAUUUAGAGAAGAAAAAAAGG